UCCAAGGUUUGGAUCGGCAAACGGGAGAGCGGGGAUCCAGGUAAAAUUGUAGGUAGAGAAAUGUAAACUUGCAGUUCAUGCAGGAAACUUUCCCAGCAUUUAAUUCAAGCAGAGGUAAGAUAUACAAAUGUGAAAAUGCCAGUUUUUGGGAAAAUUGUUGUUAUUAAGAGAAAUGGGACCGAUGGAACUUAUUUUCCGCUCACUGCAAACUCUUGUUUGUUUGGAAGGAAAAAAGAAUGUGAUAUUCGAAUCCAGCUGCCUCACGUUUCUAAAGAACAUUGUAAAAUUGAAGUCAAUGAAAAUAAAGUGGCAGUGCUGUUUAACUUGAGUUCUACGAAUCCAACACAGCUAAAUGGGAAUCACUUUCAGGAUUCCACACACUUAAAACAUGGAGAUAUACUGACAAUCAUUGAUCGUUCUUUCAGGUUUGAAUAUUCACCUCCCUCACUUCCUCAGAAGAGACCUUCUAGAUCUCAAGAGAAGGAAACAUUACAGAUUCUUCAUGUUCAGCAUAUGCAACAGAUGGACUUGCUGCGUACACAAAACUCAGAUUACAAAAGUUCUCCAAUUACUGGCAAGAAAUUUAAAACUUGCUCUCCUAGAAGAAGUGAGAAAAGACUUCAAAAACAAUACAGCACAACUGAAAAAGCAAACAAACUGUCUCCUUUUAGCAAACUUUAUGAAUUAAUGAAACAUGAAGAUGGCACAAACAAUGUAAAGGAAAAUACUGGUAAUGAGACUUUGCUGGAAGAUGUAUUUCACUCAAGAUCUAGGAGGUCUGCAGUGAGUCGAGCAAAGUUGACUAAAAUUGAACAUUCUGAAGAUAGUAAAAUUCAAGAAAAGAGUGGUAUUGUAACAAGCCCAAUACCAGUAUUUGAAGAGAAGAACUCCAAAAAAUUAUCAAGUACUCAAAAUUGUGAUAUACAACAGAAACAAGAAUGUGAAGGUACAAAUCAGUCAGAUUUUCACAACAUAGAAGAUAAUGAAAUGGGAAAAGACCAAAUAAUCAGAAGUGCUAAUAAGAAUACAUAUUUUAAAGCAAAUCAGCAGAGUGCACAGCAUUUCACUGAAUCACAUUGUAUAGUGUCGAUGGACUAUACAAAAAAGGCUAAGUGCCUUAACAAAUUUAACUUAACAGAUGCUUUCACAUCUGUAGAAAAUACUUUGCCCAAAGCAAAGUCUAGCAGGGAGAGUAUACAAAAUUACUCCAGUCCAUGUUCUAGAAACUCUCGAAGAUCUUCCAAGUCCAGAAGGUCAUGGGUUGAAAUAGAUUCACUGAACAGAAUGAAGAGCUCUGGAGAAAUGGAAGAGUGCCCCGUACAAGUUAAUGGGCAGGAGCAUGAAUCUGGUAUUUUGAUUGGAAGUAUAUAUUCUAACAAAAAUGAAAAUAGAGAAUUGGUCACAGAAACAGCACUGAAUCUGAAAGAUUCAGAAGAUGGAAGUUCUAGUAUGGUUUACAGUUCACUUCAUUUUAAUACUAGUAAAAGCUGCAAUAACAACAUUGAACUAAAUAAAAAUGUUUCAAAUGAAUAUUUGUGUACAGAGGCAAUAGAUACAGUAUCAAUAAUCCCUGCAGAUCUUCCCCAAACCAGUGAAAUAGUGACAAAUCAAAUUCCUGAAAGAACCUUGGAAAAAGAAAGUCCUACAAAUGAAAAUAAAAUAGAAAUAAAAGACCAUGAGCAGAAUGUUAAUAUGAAAAAUGAUAUACCUACUUUUUCCAGUUCUCAUGAAAGCAGUGUCCAAACAUCAGUCAAGGUUAAUGCUGCUUUUGAAAUGAAUUUGUUAUGUCCACUUAAUAAAAAAUCAGAGGCUAAGAAAUCACCUCAAAAGCGUAGAAGUAAAGAGCUAGAUUUUCUAGUCCAACCACUUGGAAAGAGGAAGAGAGUGUCUUUUGGUGGCCAACUGAGUCCUGAACUCUUUGAUAAGCGCUUACCUCCAAACUCGCCACUUAAAAAAGGGGCCAUUCCAGCAAGACUAAGCAUGCCAUAUGGAAACUCACCACGAGCAGUUCUGAAAAGAGUUGCAGAAUUGAGGCAGUCUGUAAUACAGGGUUCCUUUGAGAGGAAGCAAUACAAAAAUAGUGUGCCAAAGCAAGCUGCCUCACAAUGUGUCUCUGAUCCUCAUGUUGCAAGUCUAUCUUCAGAGGGUGAAGAAACCACUACACAAGAGAUGCAUGUGAAUAGCUUAUUCAGUGAAGUUAAACAAACAGUAUCUAACACCACUUCAUCAUUAAGAAGGAGCAAAGCCUGUACUCCAAGGAGAAGUUCUAUACGUGGAAAAAGUGGAGCUAUGGGUACUAUUCACUCCAAAAGACGAAGUGGUGCUUCUGAAGCCAACUUGAUGGUUGCGAAGUCUUGGGCAGAAGUAGUAAAACAAGGUGUUCCAAAACUACAGCUGAAGUCUGCUUCAAAACGGGGGUUUAAAACAAGAUCAAUGAAGAACGUGGCUUCAAAAUCAUCAAAGAAUAACAAUUUAGCAAAAACACCAAAAAGAAAAAUCAGCGGUCACUUCUCAACAGGACAUGCAAAUUCUCCUGCUCCAAUUGUGAUUGGAAAAGCUCAUACUGGAAUUUUGAACGUAACUGCACAAGUUCCUAAAGUGGUGAUCAAUUAUCCUUUGAAACAGCAUUGUGACCUCGAUGACAGUUUUACAGGGUUGGCUGAAAUGUUCUGCAGUCCAUCAAAUGCAAAACAGAAAAGUUUUGUACCAGAAACUCAGAUAUCAAGACCAGAAAUGAAUGCAUCAGAAGAAUCUGAAAAAAAGCCCGUUUUGGAUUUUAAGAUUUCAAGCCAAAAAAUAGCUUACAGUCAAGAUGUAAUAUCUCCAGCUUUGGAAGAAGUAUCACAAGUAUCCAUUCACGACAAUUUAAUGAUAUCACUAAAUGAAAGUAAUAUAAUGGGAAUGGAAGAAAAAAAAACGCAACAAGAAUCAGAGCCAGUCAGACAGCUUUUGGAAAUCAAGAGGCUCUUGAAGACACCUAAGGAAAAGUCUGAACCUGUUGAUGUGCUUUCAGGAGUCAAGAGGCUCUUGAAGACACCUAAGGAAAAAUCUGAAUCUGUUGAGGUGCUUUCAGGGAUCAAGAGGCUUUUGAGGACGCCUAAGCAAAAGUCAGAGCCCGUUGAGGCGCUUUCAGCAGUCAAGAGGCUCUUGAAGACACCUAAGCAAAAGUCAGAGCCAGUCGAGGAUCUUUCAGGACUCAAGAGGCUCUUGAAGACACCUAAGGAAAAAUCUGAACCUGUCGAGGAUCUUUCAGGACUCAAGAGGCUCUUUAAGACACCUAAGGAAAAAUCUGAACCUGUUGAGGAUCUUUCAGGACUCAAGAGGCUCUUUAAGAAACUUAAGGAAAAAUCUGAACCUGUUGAGGAUCUUUCAGGGGUUAAGAGGCUCUUGGACACACCUGAGCAAAAAUCAGAACCCAUGGAGGUGUUUUCAGGAAUCAAGACGUUGAAGACACCCAGACAGACUAUGGAGCCUCUUUCAGAUGAUAUCUAUACUAAAUCUAUGAUAUCUACUGAAGAAGUAAAAAACAUGAUUGGAAGUGUUAUCAGAAAUCAAACACAACAGAAAAUACAACCUAUGGAAGAUACACAUAUUAAUGACAUUAAUGAGAAAGUUCAGCAAACUGUGAAGCCAAUAGAAGAUAGAGAAAAUAUUCAAAUGAUGUCACCAAAGCUGGUUGGGUGUACUCAGACAUUGAAAACAUCAAAACCAAAAUCUAUGCCAACUGAUGACUACUUGGGAUUGCAGAAUUUUAUGAUUGAACCUAAAGAGAGUUCUAUAAUUCCUGAUGUAGAUUAUACAGGUGUCAAAGACAUGAACACUGAAAAUGAUAAGGUUGAAAUGCCAGAGUCUGUGAAUCUUGUGGAAGAAAAUGGAUCUUAUAUCAGUUCCAGAAAUAAAGUGGAGUCCGUAGAAAAUGUGCCUGGAAGUUGCAAAGGAAACCUGGAAAUUGCAUUUGAAAAAGAAUCUCAAUUUCCAGGAACAAAAAAUAACAGUAGUGUUCCAAACUAUGUAGGCCAUGUUACAUGUAAUUCAUUUAAUGAAUUGAAAACAGAGUUCAAUAAGGAAACAACCAGAGCAAUAUCUCUCUCUGAAAACUACCAACCAGAUGGAAUCAGUUCCAAAAAUGAAGCCAAAACUGAUUUUGUAAAUGAAGCAGCUGAAAAUUCUGAUGCAUUAAAAACAGAAAAGCUUAAGCCACUUGCUUUGGCUAGAACUAGGAGAAGGAAAAUAAAUGACUGCAGUUUUGUGGUAUAUACAGAGACGAUUCAGAGACCUACAAAGAACAGAUCAAGAUCAGCUAAUUGUGAGCAAAUCAGUGAAAGUUUUGACAACCAUACAGAAUUAAAUUCAUUGCACAAAUCUGAAAGCAAUUGUACAACAAUUGAAGCAACCAAAUUAUCUCGGAGAGGAAGACCAAAGAAGAAGCAUGUUGAAACAAAUCGAAAUAUUGAAUCUGAUAACAUAAACCAUACUCAGGAAUUAGAAAAACCUUUAAAGGAAACAACAGUAGAAAAACAGCCGGUGAACAGGCGAAAAGCGGCAACUAAAAGAAAAGGAAAAACUGUAACAAAUGUGGAUUUGGAAGAAAAUAGACCAGUUCAAGAAAAUGAAAGUGAUUUAACUGCCAAAACACGGCUAAGGUCUAGAAAUGUAAAAAAGAGUGCAAGUGACCUAAAGACAGCGUUUGCCAAAGGUAAAACAAGUGAUACAAUGUCAGGGGAAGAGAGUAAUAAAAGAAAUAAAAGAAGAAAGAUUGCUGCAAUACAAUCAAGUCCAGAAACAUUAAUCACAACUCUGAAUGAAGAUAAGCAAGGAGGGCAAAAAUGUACAAUAUCUAAAAUAUGUCAAACCGAAGCUUCAGAAAAUAAUCUAACAGCAAUGGAAGAAAAUUUAGUGAAGAAGAAGAAAAAAACAGUUCAAUUUUUACUUAAUAAUGACUUUAAGGCUUCUGAAGAAAAAUGUGCACUUGGAUAUGAGGGUAAUACUUACGAAGAAAAAAGUCAAACUGAAAACAUUUCUAAUGGGAUUCCAAAGGUUCCCUUGGAAAGCAUGCAAACUUCUGCAGAGCCCAGUCUGCCCAGAAUAGAAAAGCUAUCAAAAAAGAAUCUGCCUAGCAGAGGCAGAGGCAAAAAAUCAGUUUCCAGCCCUUCUGUGGAAAGUGACAGUAAAUCAGUCUCUGAUGUGAAAGAUCAUGAUAUGAUUGUUAAUCUAAAAGAAAAUCAGCCCAAAAGGGGCAGAGGGAGAAAGAUAGUUCAAGUGUUCCCCAAACCUAUUCCUUUAGAAAAUAACACUUUUGGAGAAAAGGAUUCAACAAUAAACAAAUGCCCUUCAUCCCAAGGCGGAUGUUCUUUGCCACAAGUUCAAAAUGAGAAUUUUGAAAAAUCUGAAAUAUUGCCAUUAGAAAAUGGGCAACGUUGUGAAGGGCACAUUCCACCAAAAAGGGUGGUAAAAGAAAAUCCACCCAGGAGAGGAAAAAGCAAGCAAGUCAAUGAAACAUCCGGUAAUGAAGCAGCUGAUGUCCAAGGCCCAAAUGUGGCUAUCAGACAAGAGGAUAAUUGGUCCAAAAGGGCAAGAGGGAAAAGAAAUGCUCAAGAAUCCUGUUCACUGAAGAGCCAAAGGAUAGUGAAAGAGAGUCCACCCAGGCGGGGCAAACAUAAAAAAACUAUUUCUGGUGACAUAUCUACAGAUUUUGACAGUACACAGAUAGCCACUAUACUAGAUCAAAAUAUAGAUGGUAAAAAUGCUUGUCUUGCAAAGGAUGAUCAAUCAAAAGUAGUUGGAAGAGCAAGAAGCACUGUUGUAUCUCAGAAAAUCCCUUCUGUCAAAAAUGAUACCUGCCAUUUGCUGUCAUCAAACAAAGGGGAACAUUCAGAUGAACAUCCAAAUGAAGAUUUGAAAUCAGCAAGUAAUGCAAAUGAGAAUUUCACAUACAAAUGUAGAAAAAGAAAAAUAGUUCAUGAAAUUUCAGCAAACUCAGUUUCUUCCAGUAAACAAUCUGAAUUUAUUGAUAAUGACAUUCAAGAAAAUGGAAAGAAAGAUUCAAAAGCCGUAUCAAAACAAAGUACAUCCAGAAGUAAAAGAAAACGAUUAACACCUUGUGAAACAUCAGCAAGUAAUGAUGAGCUAAGAAUUAAUAGUAAAAAGAGUCAACCAGUAACAGAUAUUGUGGGUCCUUUAGAAAAUAGUUUUGAAAAAAAGCACCAGUCAAAGAAGCAAAAAGAAGAAACUAAUAUUGUAUCACUAGUUUCUCCCUCCCUGAAAGUGAGCAUUACUUUGUCACCAUCAUCUUCUGCUACUGAAAAUCAAAGUGGAAACUGCAAAAAUUCUGUUGGAACAAGGAAGUUAGCAAAACUUUCUGGUACAUACAAUAUAAUGACACGCUCUCUCAAAGGAAAGUGCAUUAUUUCAAAAGAAGAGUUUGUUCAUGAAACCCAAAACAAAGAUUUGAAGAAAACAGUUAUGGCAACUGUGAUCAAUCGAAGAAGAGGUAGAAGAAAAAUUAAUAAACUUGAGGCUGCUGUUUCUCCUCUCAAAGAAAAACUUACAUUAUCUGCAGGCAGUGAUAAUUCUCCUAAUGAACAAAUUCUAAAUAAUGUUUCUAAUAAUAAAAUUUCUUCGAAGGGCAAGGGACCAAAAUUUCUUGAAAUAAAAAACAUGACCCAAAACAUCAAUCAAAGUAAUUCGUCUAAUUAUGACCAAAAUAAAAAUCUUACGCACCCAAAUAUGCCAGUGCAAAAGAGUUCAUCAGAACGUGGAAAAAGAAAAAUUAACAAUUCAGAAACAAUUACCACUGCUAACAUGGUGAACAAUGUAAUUCCAGGAAACAAAUCAACAGUCUCUAAAACAGAAAACACUGAAAGUAUAACAGUGCAAACAAGAGGAAAAAAGAAAACGAAAGAAGAGAAUACCAUUCUGAUGACUGAACUGCCUAGAGAAACAGAAGGCAGGACAAGAGCAAGCAAAAGAAUAAGAAAAUAGAUUAUAAUAUUUGCUCUGGGUGCAUUUUUUAAUCUGAAAAAAUGUGACCGUAAAACUUUUGAAAUUGAAAUGCUUCAACAUUCACUUCAACUUGACAUUGACAAUAUCUGAUGCAAAUAUUUUGUAAAUAGCUUUUCCAAUUAUUUUUAAUAUUUUUUUGUUUAAAAUAUCAAAGGAUUAGGAAUUUAACUUUUAACUACUCUGAUUUGUAUUGUCUACAAAUGUUUUAAUGCUAAUGCUACUGUACUUAUGUGUUUCAAAAUUAAAAACAUACUUAAGCAGCAUUGCUUUAUAUGAUGAUCCAAUUGAAGUCAAGGUGUUUGCCAAACUAGCAUAGGUUGGGCACAGUUCUUGGAAUCAUGCUCAUGUUAGCUCUUCUACACUGCACAACUACUGUAAUGAUUCCAGGGUGAAAAACAUCAGCUAUUCAGAACAUAGAAAUCUGAAUUUGUAAACGCCCAGUGUUUUGUCUGUUUAGCACUAUCCCUAAUCUUGCUGUUUUGAACAAGAAGACAAGUCUGGAAGAUGUUUGAUUAGCAGUCCUAUUGAAGGGUAUGUACCCAGUCUGGGGGAAAAAUGGUUUGUAAGUUUGGAUAAACUGCUUAGGUUUACUUUGACACAGGUUAUCAUACUGUCAAAGCAAAAUGCAGGUAAGUUAGAUAGUCCCAAGUUUUUGCCGACCCAGAUUCUUGAAAAUUGGGGGCAAGUAACCGUAUACAAUUCUUUUCACUUCCCACAUGUAGUUUUGUGUGCCAACCUUCAAAUUUUCCCAGGACCUUACUGCCCCAUAGCCUUUAAAUUCAAGUGUGGUAUGCUUAUCCAUCUACCCUAACUUUUUACUAUGCACUAGCUUUUUUGAAAGAAAAGUUUAUAGAAAUUUCAACAGUUGGAUUGCCUUCACUUAAAACUCAUUUUGCAAAUUGUUGAAGUUUUUACAGCCUUUUACUCAAGGUUCUUGAAGUGGCAAAAGACUGUUCUCUUAAUUGGUUAGUAAGAAAUAUUAACUAAUUUGCAAAUAUUUCAGGCUCUGAACAUACUGUUAUAUCAUGAGUAUUGGUACUGCCUGAUGAUGCCUGAAUUCUGCUUAGAACAUUCCAGGAAUAAAACUUGUUGCAUUCUUUGCCCUAUUUUUGCAUAUCCAGAAUCGUAGCUCAUUCCAUUGCCUUACCUCUUUUUAAUUACACUUUUUAAAUAUAAAUAUAUUUUUUCUUCCAAUUAUUAAUAUAAAGUGGCUAGUGAAAAAGUGAUAUAUAGUGAUGUCUAAAAAAUGUAAUGUUCAAAUUUUGUAUCUGUAUCUGGUGGAUUUGUUCUAAUUUUGUUCAUUUUGUUUCAUUUUAUCCAACCCUUUUUAAUCUGACAUUUAAAUUCUACAUAUCACAUUUAAUUGAUUUCUCAUUUACCAAACAUCUUUAGUGGGAAGCACUUGGCAGUUUUAAGCUCACAAUCUAACAUUUACCCAUCAGCAGCUUUACUUGCUAAGAUGGUCAUCCAUAAAUUCAGGAGGUUAUUCACUUGUGUCCCUUUUAAAAACAACUAUAUUGUCAUUAAUUUCUGAUGAAAUAAUUUGUACUUUGUUCCCAUGUGAAGGUUCUACACAAUUUACAAUCAGGAACUAUAUCAUUUCUUGGUUUAUUUAAUUUUCUUUGAAAUGCAAGCUGUUUCUGAGUAUGGCC